AUGGCUCGCAAUCUGGCUUCCAAGGCGAUUUUCGCGUUAAAUGGGUUUUCGGAACUGGCAUGGCUUCAUGAGAUAAUAUUGCGAGGUCGCGAGAUAUUUCAAGAGACAAUCGCUGUAUAUGAAUCUUUUAUAUCCGGGGUUAUUGCAACGAAAACAGAGUAUCUCAAAAUACGACUGAACGGGGACAAUCGUUCAAGGACGCGAUUUAGAGCAACAAGAUCCCUCGAUCUUGAAUGCUCCGAAGCCCCCCGAAAAUCAUUUGUGGUGCAUCUCAAUUUACGAUCCUGGGGCAGCCGUCACAUCGAUUUGCGACUUAGUAUGAAACGAAAUCGGGAGCUUCGGCAGGGCAAGACGCCUCAGAAACGGGAUUCUCUUGCGAGGAGAACAAAAGAUCCCCCGCACGAAUGCCACUCCCAGAGGAGAUUCCGCAUGGAGAUAAUUGUUCAGGCCACUCAAGCACCUCACAGUGAUCUGUUCAGAAUCUUGGUUUGGGAGAAAAUCAUCACUACUGGGCCGAAGAUAUCCCUGAAAAGCUGGCCUCAUUCCUGCUGGUCUUUGGACUUGCUGCUUGCUCAAAUCAAACCUCAGCCAUCCUCUUCGAAAACCCAUCGCCAAAAUGGGUAUUGCGAUCCCAGCCGUCCCCAGAAAACUGAAUUUCAGGGUCGUCAUCCAUCGACUAGCCCCGAUUUCACCUUUUUCGGGCAAGAUAUCCAGGGUUUUGGGUACGAGCUGCCCACGAAAGCCAGCCGGCAAGGUUUUGAGGGUUUCGACUGGACGGGAAAUGGAAAAAGAUUUUGA